AUGCUACAGAAGCUGAACAUCUAUGGCAAGCGUGGGGAGAAGCUUCUGGAGAAAAAUGGUCUGACCUCAAGCUCUACAUGGAGCUGCAGCAUUGCAAAUGGAAAGAUCACCAUUUGUUCUGUCUUAGGAUCCCAAUCCAGUCAGAAUCAUUUGCAGAAUGCAGCAUUUGCUUUCUGUGACAUGGAACCUUCUGGAUACUAUAGUGGGAGCCUCACCACAACAAUCUCUGGGUCAGUUUGCUUAAACUGGUCAGACUUCCCUGAUUACAUCCGGCAGUAUCCAAAUCGGGGAUUAGGAAACCACAACUACUGCAGGAAUCCAGAUGGGGGAGCCACCCCUUGGUGCUUCUACCAACUCUCUUCAGGAGCAACUGGUUGGGCAAACUGUGACUGUAGCCAGGGUUCUGUGCACCUGAAGGAAGGUGGCAGUGUGGAGUUAUACUACAGUGGGCUGUGGGGCACGAUUUGUGGAGAUGAGUGGACAGACUUGGAUGCCAGCGUGGUAUGCCGACAACUGGGGCUCAGUGAAACUGGCACAGCCCUAAGGCAGCAUCCUUCUGGUCUGGAGCUGCUACCCUUCCAUCUUCAGUCUGCAAACUGUCGUGGGGAUGAGAAGAUGCUGUCCCAGUGCAGUUACCAAGAAAUGUUCAGAGCUUGUAUGCAGGGAACUGCAGGGGUCACUUGCGGCUCAUCUCAAGCUGUAGGAUCUCCACUUCGUCUGGUGGGGGGCAAAAAAAGCUUUGAGGGUCGAGUGGAAGUUUACCAUGAUGGCCAUUGGGGCACCAUCUGUGAUGAUCAGUGGGAUGACAAAGAUGCUGAAGUGGUUUGCAGACACUUGGAUCUCAGUGGAAUCUCAAGAGCUGUGUCUUGGGCUCACUUUGGGAAGGGGUCAGGCCCAAUCCUGCUGGAUGAAGUAGAAUGCUCAGGCAAUGAGCUUUCACUGGACCAAUGCAAGAAGAGUGACUGGGGAGAACACAACUGUGAUCAUAUUGAAGAUGCAGGGGUAAUCUGUGACCCCUUUGUAGCAGAAGGAACAAUCCGAUUGGCAGGAGGCCUCCAUCCAAGUGAAGGAAGGGUGGAGAUCUACCACAAUGGAAGGUGGGGAUGUGUUUGUGAUGAUGGCUGGAAGACAGGUAUAAAUGCCCAAGUUACUUGCAGACAGCUGGGCUUCAGUGGCCCUGCCAGGAUGGCAUCAAAGGGUGAAUUUGCACCAGGCCAAGGUUUCAUCUUGCUGGAUGAUGUGGCUUGCAUAGGCACUGAGUCAUCUCUGAUUGACUGUCCCCAUAGUAACUGGGGUCAACAUGACUGCUCACAUGAAGAAGAUGUGGGAAUCCACUGUUCCCUGAUUAGCAACAGAGUCACUGAAGACAAAACCGGGUUUCUGGUGCGGCUGGUGGAUGGGGACAGCACCGACAAAGGCCACAUAGAGGUUUUUCUGAAUGGACAGUGGGGCAGAAUUUGUGCUGAAGGCUGGACAGAGAGAGCUGCAGCUGUGGUUUGCAGGCAGCUGGGCUACAGUGGUACUGCAGUUGCCACCAGUAAGCCUUAUUCGAAUGCAUGGCAUAUACCUAUCCACCUGGACAAUGUGGAAUGCUCUGGCGCUGAACACACUUUGGGGGAGUGCAUCGUCCAUCAAACUGGUCAACACAACUGCUGGCAGAAGAAAAGUGCAGGUGUGAUGUGUGACUACAUGGGAAAGGAGAGCCAAGUUAUAAGAAAUGAUGGUUCCAAUAUUGGCCUGUGUGGUCUUCGUUUGGCUCAGCACCGCAGAAGAAGGAUAAUUGGUGGAAACAAAUCUCCCAGGGGAAGUUGGCCUUGGCAGGUCUCCUUGCGUUUGAAGGGGUUUCACAAAGAUGCUCGUUUGCUGUGCGGUGCAACACUUAUCAGCAGCUGUUGGGUUGUGACAGCAGCACAUUGCUUCAAAAGGUUUGGAGUAGACGUGCGUCGCUACCUUCUGCGGGUGGGAGACCACCAUACUGGUGUGAGAGAUGAGUCAGAGAGAGAGCUGCCAGUGGAGAAGAUUCUCCUUCACAGAAACUAUCGGUCGAGCAGUAACGAUAAUGACAUUGCUCUGGUCAGAAUGUGGGGCAAAGAGGACAACUGCCUCUCCUUCAGCCACCAUGUCUUUCCUGUAUGCCUCCCUGUCAGGAAGCAGAAAUCUGCCGUGGACAGAAGGACUUGUGUCAUAUCAGGCUGGGGAGAUACGGGGAGGUCAUACUCAAGGACAUUACUCCAGGGAACAGUACCUCUACUCCCAAGAAGAGUAUGCAAGUCUCGUUAUGGAAAAAAAUUUACUACUCGUAUGCUCUGUGCUGGAAACCUUUCCGAAGAAAACCGGGUAGACAGCUGUCAAGGUGACAGUGGAGGACCACUGGUGUGUCAAAGAUCAAAUACACAAUGGGUAAUUCUAGGAAUUACUUCCUGGGGAUAUGGGUGUGGGCAAAAAGAUUCCCCUGGUGUUUACACAAAAGUCAGCAAAUUUGUGCCUUGGAUCAAGAAAGUGACCAAACUAAUUUGAGAACAGUCAACCCAAAGAUGGAUUCAUGGUGCUUUAUGAAGUGGGACUUAAAACACAGGAAGCCAUAGCUUUAAUGGAAUACAGUAUCUGCUGUUUCUACUGAAACUUGACUUGCAAGCAGAUACUAAAAAAUAUUGCCUGUUCUUAAACACAGUGGUGCCAACAUGAUGAAUCAUAUGUUAUGACAUCAUAACACAAGCUCCGCACUUCCAUACUUGCAGUGCAACAUUGCAUGCAAAAACGUAAAGGGUGGCUUUUGCACUGUGAUGUCAUGACAUGUGUUUUGCCACUUGCCUUCUAUAGAUGCCUAUGCUGAGAAGAUGUUUUAGGCUACCGAUGGGCAUGAGGCAACAGAAAAUGUAUUGUUUGUGUGUUUGAUGUCCUUAUUUUAAUUUAAAGUUGUGCUUAUUGGAAAACAAAAAUUAUGCCAGUACUGGUGAGGUUCUCCUGUAGUACCCACAGUUCCUCACGACACAGGGACAAAAAUGCUAUAGAAAUGACUGUAAGCUCUACUACGAUUCAGUUUCUGAAUAUAUAACAUUGCUAGAAGUAAAUUUUUUAAAGAUCUGUAUAAUUCACUUCUUACAAUACAGAUUUGUUUUCAUCAUAUCACCCGUGAUUGCUUUAUUUUGU